GAGUACAUGUACUUCCAAUGACCAAGGGUAAGAGGAAAUGAUAGACGAUUUGCAACAUGAACAAAGGAAAACAGGCCACUCUGUUUCAGAGUUGGGGACAGAAAAAGAAGGAUAUAAGACCAGAUAAUAAAGGCAGAGGUGAUGUUAUUGAUCUUUGUGAGGGUUUGGAUGAAGAUGAUGAUCAGUUAUUGGCAGAGGCUAUGGAGAGAAGUCUGCAUGACUAUAGUGAUGAUGGUGGACACACAGUGAAUGAUGGCCUUGAAGGACCAUCAGAUGUAUGUAACAUAUCAAUUGGAGCUGAGAGCUUCCCAGUAUCAACACAGGGAUUGACACAGAUGAACGUACCACCAGGGUUUGACAGAGUUGCAGGAAAGUUAUGGAUCUAUCCCACCAACUACUCCGUAAGAGAAUACCAAUACAAUAUAGUUGGUAAGGCCUUGCUAAAGAAUACCAUGGUUACACUGCCUACAGGUCUAGGAAAGACAUUUAUAGCUGCCGUUGUGAUGUAUAAUUUUUAUCAAUGGUAUCCCCAAGGAAAAGUUGUCUUUAUGGCUCCAACCAAACCAUUGGUAGCACAACAGAUUGAAGCCUGCUACAAUAUAAUGGGUAUACCACAGGAAGAUACUGCAGAAAUGACAGGCACAAUGGCACCUACAGAGAGGAGAAGAGUAUGGGUGGAAAAGCGAGUAUUCUUUUUGACACCUCAAGUCAUCAUGAAUGAUUUAAGCAGAGGAACUUGUCCUGCUGUAGAUGUUCGGUGUCUAGUGAUUGAUGAAGCUCACAAAGCUACAGGCAACCAUGCUUAUUGUCAGGUUGUCAGAGAAUUGAUUAAGUACACAACAGAAUUCCGUAUAUUGGCUCUAAGUGCAACACCAGGAGGGGAUAUCAAGGCAGUACAACAGGUGCUUGCUAACCUAUUGAUAUCACACAUAGAAUUACGCACAGAAGAAUCCCCCGACAUUAAGCCAUAUUCUCAUGAAAGGAAAGUAGAGAAGAUUGUUGUCCCAUUGGGAGAUGAAUUAACAAGUGUCAAGAAAAAGUAUGUUCAGAUUUUGGAUGUAACAGUGAACAAAUUAAAAAGACAUGGUGUAAUAUACAACAGAGAUACAACUAGUUUUUCAAAGUUCUUAAUUUUAAAAGCAAGGGAAGACUUUAGACAGAAUCCACCGCCCAAUUUACAGAGAAACAACUAUGGUAUGGUAGAAGGAGAUUUUGCUCUAGCUUUAAGUUUGUACCAUGGCUUUGAAUUGCUCCAGUUACAUGGAUCAAGAUCAUUAUUUAACUACCUUGAUGGAAUAUUACAUGGAGACAAAGGUUAUGGUCGCACCAAAACAGAAUUGUUGAGAAAUCAUGACUUUAAUGAUUUAAUGGAUUUGUUAAGAGAAAAGUUUGCACCACCUGACUGCAGGCCAAGUCAGAGCAGUAAAAAGCCCCUUGUAACAGGUCAUCCUAAGAUGGAGAAGUUAGAACAAGUGGUACUUGAUCAUUUCAAUACAUUCAAUUCAGGUGAUGGUGAGACAAGAGUGAUGAUUUUCUCCCAGUAUCGUGACAGUGUAUCAGAAAUCACUAAUAUAUUAAAACAACAUCAUCCCCUGGUUAAAGUGAUGAGUUUUAUUGGGCAGUCCUCUGCAGGAAAGUCUACCAAAGGAUUUACACAGAAAGAACAACUUAAGGUGAUGAAAGAUUUCCGUGAGGGUGGUUAUAACACCUUGGUGUCAACAUGUGUUGGUGAAGAAGGUCUAGAUAUUGGUGAUGUAGACCUUAUAGUAUGUUUUGAUGCCCAUAAGAGUCCAAUACGUCUUGUACAGAGAAUGGGAAGAACUGGCAGAAAACGAGAAGGACGUAUUGUAAUGCUUGUUACAGAAGGCAAAGAAGAACAGAUUUACAAUCAGAGUCAGUAUUCAAAGAAAAGUAUCCAUAAAGCUAUAUUGAAUAGUGCCAAGACAUUACAUUUCUACCAGAAUAAUCCAGCCAUGGUACCAGAUGACUGGACACCAAAAUGUCAUAAAAUGUUCAUCACUGUUAGUAAGAAAUUUAAACCUACCAAGGCAGCGAGUACAUCCAACCAGAACAAAAUUACCAGCAUGCUUGCUUCACAUGACAGUAAGAGUAAUGGAGAUGGUGGGAUAUCAAAGGAUGAGUACGAAGAGCUAAAAAGAUUCUAUGACGGUGAACCAUCCACGAAAACAUUACCAGAGAAGUCUACCAUGCUUAGUCUUGGGGAAACCAAUCAGACAGAAAUCGAAAGUAACCUAUCCCUGUCAGAUUGGUUUCCAUGGCAAAAUAGACAACAACCUACAUUUGUUGUGGAUCAUUCAAACCUAACAAAGAACUUUGUAGAAAUGGUACAGUUUCUAGAGUUACAAGAGGCUUUAGAUCCUAACGAGGACAACUAUGGCCAGGAAAUGGAAGUUUUCCUGAAUGAGGCUGAUAUCUUAAAACCAGGGCAAAAUGAUGAAGAUGGUGGGAAUAUUAGGCAAUUCUUUGUUGCCAAUGACAACACCAUAAAACAUGGAAAGAAAAAGAAGUCUUUGUAUAGUCAAAAUAAACCAAGAAGAAGUGAUCAGCUGCCAGAGUUUGAUGCAUUUGUCGUAUCUGGUGAAAGUGAUGAUGACCUUCCAGCAAUUUUUGACAAAAAAGAUGACAAAGACGACGAACAUGUUGCUAAAAAUGAAGCUGAUGAAAUAACAAAAGCAUACAGAAAAAGUAUAUGCAUAGGUGCAAAUUUGAAUAGGAGUGAGAAAAAGAAUAAACAAAAGAAAAGGAACUUUAGUGGGAACAUGUCAGUGGUUGAAGUGAUUGCUGACACUGAUGUAAAUGAUUUUGUAGAAACUGUUCCUGAAUUUACUGUCAUUAAUGAAGAGAGCCAAGGAAGUAGAUCAAAUGAAGUUGGUAAUGAGUUUAGAGAUGAAAAUAUUACACAUGUACAAAUAGAUAUAGAACAGGCCACCCUGUCUAAGAUGGAGGCUUCUGACUAUGAGAAAAUAUCUGAAACAGAAGCUAAAUCACAAGACGAAUAUUGUGAAGAUUUUACUAAACUUUUGCCAACAUUUUUCACAAUGUCUGUAGACAUUGUUUCUCCACAGAAAACAACAGAAACAAAUCAUGAGGUAUUUCUUGUGCCAGAUGCUCCUCCAAUAGAUGAACUUGAAGUAUUGGUUGAUAAUAUAAAUAAUUUGACAACACUGCCAAAAAUAGAUAUGGCGCAACUGGUUGAAGAGUGGACAUCAGAAUAUUCCGGUUUGAAUACAAAGUAUACAAGUAGUACUAAAAAGAAGAAUAACAAAAACGUUGAACAUAAUAAAAGCAGUCCAAAAUGUUCAGAUGUCUGUGAUGAUAAAACAGCUGGACAAGAUAUGGGUGAAAAGAAAAAUUUAGACAAAGAUACUGAUGCAUUUAGUGAAUCUUUUGAUUUAUCAAAUAAUGGCAGCUAUCAUCAAAAGCAAGUGGCUAACUUCAAUAUGGACAUAUCAAGUGAUUUUGAUAGCCCUAUUCAACUACUAACAAAUAAACCAAACAAAAGUAAAAGAACUACAACCAGUCUUACAGUGCAAAAUAAUACCAGUACCUCUGAUAAUGUAGAACAUAAAAUAAGUGAUAACAGUUCACAAAGUGAUAUGGCGAAUAAUAAAAAAGAAGUGACAGAUCUUGUUGAAGAACCAACACCUAAGUUGAAUGAAGAUGGUGUUGAAAUGGAAAUUGAUUCCUUUUCUGGAUCAGAUGAUUUCCUGGACACACAGGCAAAUUUUAUGUUGGCCAGUGAUGACUUUCUAGGAGAAAUUAAUUCAGAUGAAAGUAAUGAAGGCAAUAAGAAUAAAGAUUCAUCGUUGAAGCUUAAUAAAUGUGUAGAACUUUGUAGAGAAUCUGUUAGCUUUAUUGAAAAGCAAAGAACAGGAGAAGCUGAAUCCAGUAAGUCUUCCAGUUCUAACAAUAAAAGGAUUAAUUCAUGCAAAUCUGUGGACAUUUCUCUAUUUGAUGAUUCUUUCAUGAAUGAGAGUGUUUUGGAGGUUGUAAAAACACCAGCUGUUAAUGAGGAAAACAUGUGUCAGUCUGAUGGAAGGAUUCUUUCACCUUCACAGUUUACUUUUAGUCAAGCCUUAGCAUUUGUUCAUGAUAGUGAUAGUAUGGACAUAACUUUCAACAAGACAGACCUGUCUGGUGAAAGGGAACAGGGUGUAACAUUUAAAGUUCCAAUUGAAAAAGAAAAGGUCAAUCUAAAUGUGGAGAUCUUAUCAAAACAAAAGGAAAAGGAAAAUUUGAGAAAUGAGGAAAGCUGUUUUUCAGAUAUGUCUGACCAUCAGAAAAAUAUAGCUGCUGAUUAUAGCACUGAAACAUUUACUGCAAUAAAAUCUCAUGAUAAACUGGACACCUCACAACUUAAUUUAAUUAAUGAAAUUGUUAAUAUGGAUAACAUGGAUGAUUUCAGUGAUGAUGGGGAUGAGUCAGAUGUACCUCUUUUUGACCUUGGCUUUGAUGUUGACGAUGAUAUCAUUCCACCAUCACCAUGUUUAAGUGAAACAACUUCUCAGAAAUCUGUUCUUAAAAAUCUAGGUCAAAGUCUUCUAUCUAGUAGGAAAUCUUUGUCAUUCAUGUGUGACAAAUCACGAUUAGCCGGACAGAAAAACUCCACUUUCUUGAAACCGGCUUUGUCUCCUACAGGAGAGGAACUAGAAUUAGAACAGGAUGAUGGUGAUGACUUUGGAACUUCAAAUGCCAAAAUUGGUGAAGUUUCUAAUGAUAACAAAAGAACUUCCUCAACAUUUUCAAUGAAAGAAGACACAUUCAAUGUGAAUUAUGAUGCUGGAGAUGAUGAAGUUACUCAGAAAAACGAGGAUAAUAAUAGUGUCAGUUUAAGUGACUUUCAUGGUGACUUUGAUAUGCCACCAUCUCCAGUGUUAUCUGGUAAGAGACUGCUUAGUCAGAAACCAGUUUUUUCACCAGUGAAUCCUAAAAUAAAAUCACCAGAUGGUCUGAAAUCUAAAUACUCAGCAAUAAAGCUUCCUGAUCAGGAAUCGCCCUUGAAAUCAAAAUCUCCCUUGAUAAAUCUGUCAAUUCAGGACUCUCCUUCUUUGGAGGACAGUUUCGUAGUAAGGAAAAAACGUAAAAAGACACUUAUAAUAGACUCACCAGUAACACCUGACAUAAAGAAAAUAUGUGAUUUUGAUGAUUUCAAAACUCCAUUAAGACCAGUUAGUGCUAGAGUUAAGAAGAAUAUUUCCUCAACUUCAAGUGAGGAAGAAAGUAUUUUAAAGAAGAAGAAACUAAAAAAGGCAGUUUCAUUUUGUGUAGAUGAAUUACUGGAUGAUGAAAGUGAUUUUGAAGAUGUUAGAAGCAUCAAAAAAGAAAAGAGAAACAAAUUUUCCAACAAUGAGAUAAAAACUCUUGACAGCAACAAAAGCGAUUCAAAUGAUAAUAAAAAGAGAAAAUCAAAAUCUCCUAAUCCAUUUUUGGUAGAUGAAGCGGAUGUGUCUGAAGAUGAGGAAGCUUCCACGGAUGAGGAGGAAGGUAGUGAUUUAGACCACAUGGAAGACAGUUUUGUUUCUGAAGGUUGUACUCAACUUUCUCAAGGUCAGCAUGAGGAACUCCAGGCCAUCUACUUAAAGUCAGUACGUAGUCCGGCUGGUCAGGGUGGUAAAUUUAAACUUAAAUAUGACUAUGAUGAUAAUAUUGAUGUGUAUUCUCAGGUUCCCCAAGAUGAAGAGUCUCAGUAUUAUGAUGAUAGUUUUGUUUGUGAUGAAGAAGAGGAACAUGAUCUUCUGGAAGGACAUGAAAUCACCAUAUUAGAUAAAGGCAAUAUUAUUGACAAUGAAUCAUUUGUUGGACCAAGGACAAGAUGGUCAAAACCAAGAAGACAUAAAGUGAUGCCCACUGUAAAAACAAUCAAGCGAAAGAGGGUAAAAAGAAUAGCAGAUUCUUCAAGUGAGGAUGGAUCUGAUAAUCAGGACAUGAAUCUUAUGUCACCUGCAGAACCAGGAAGAAAAUUCCUAGAUUCUCCUGCAAUGUCUCAAGGUCAUGUAACAGUCAGUUCAAGGACGAGUAAUAGAAACAGUCGUCAGUUGUUAUCAAGUAGUGAUGAUGAACAGGAUCAGAAAGAGAAAGCAAUAUCACCAGAAAUUAUGUGUUCACUUAAAAGUAGAAUAACUAGCAAACAAAACUUAGUGACUGUUACAAGUAAUCAGCCAUCAGCUUCUCACAAAUUAGAAGUUAGUGCAGAUAUGACCAUAUCAAAAGAAAAAGAAGAACGUAUUAAAAGGCAAAAGGAAAAGCAGGAAGAAUUUCGGAGACAUUUGAUAGCUAAGCAACAAAAUAAUGAGUCAGUAGACAAAACAAAUAAUUACUGUGAUGAUACUGCUUUAUUGAUGAGGAGAAAUUUUACAAACACUGAUGAAAAUUCACAUCUUACCGAAGACAGUGACUUACUGUUGAAUACUACGAAACCAUCAAAUAAAAAAUCUGUGAUAAUCGUUGAUUCACGUGAAAUAAAUGGUGCUCAGGAUAUUAUUUCUGCUCUACGAUUCAAUCACGAUAUAAAUGUAGUUGCUGCCCAGUUAGACAGUUGUGAUUAUGUUGUCAGUGUACGAAUGGGAAUAGAUCGUAAACAAUGGUCUGAAUUCAGCAAUGGAACAAAUCGUGCUAAAAUGACCGAACGUUUGCUGGAAAUGUGUGACUUUUAUGAGCGUCCGUGUCUUAUCAUUGAGAAAGAUAAAUGUAAACUAGAGGAGAAAGGAAGAAUAUUACACUGGACCAAAUAUGUUGAUAAAACUUUGGUUCAUUUGAUUCAGUCAAAAGUGACAUUGUUUUUUACGGAAAACCAGUCAGAAACUGCAUCUAUUGUGGCUGAUUUAUGUCAGCUUGAGAACAGAAAGAACUGUGCGAUAUCUUGUUCUAUUAAUUUAAAUACUGAACAGCAGAACAGGGUUAAGUUCUAUAGAACUAUACCUCAUUUAUCUUAUGUUCACUGUUUAUUUUUGUGCAAUAAUUACAAAACUGUGGCAAGUUUUUUAUGCAGUGACGUCAGAACUAUAAUGACUAAUGGCAAAAUGACAGAGGAACGAGCUUCUGAUAUUUUUAAUUAUAUCAGAAGAAAGUUUGAUACUCAGAUGUUACCAUCAAGUUAUGGAUAAUAAAACCUAAAUUCAAAUGUA